GUCCACCUAAAGUACAAAAGGCGUUAAAGCAUUCUUAGUGCACGCGGAAACUCCGUGCGGAACGCGCGUUUAUUACGAUAAAAUUAUCGCACGAUUUCAAGAUAGCCUCGCUGCUGGAAAGAUAUUCAGAUUUAACAAUGCCUGAAAUUGUGAAGCAGUUUCCAAUAGAAAAGGAAUAUGAGAAGAAUAAAAGUAUCACAGCAGAUGAUAUAAAUAAAUUGAGAGAAUGGUUGAUGACUCAGAAACAUUUACCUGGUGAACAUCUUAGUGACCUUGACCUGGCCAUCGUAUUCCAUUGCUGCGAUAAUAGUUCGGAAGUCUCUAAGCAGGUGUUGGACCUCCACUACACGCUGCGUACUCUUUUCACAACCUUCUUCAAAGAUCGGAUAGUUGAUCUCAAGUUAGAGGGCGCACUUUACAAUGUAUUGAUAGCUCCCCUGCCGACCCCAACUGUACAGGGCUACCGCGCAAUGUACCUCAGACUUUUGGACCCAGAUUCCCGUAACUUCAACUUCCCCGUCACCGCCAAAGCAAUGAUGAUGGUAUUCGAUCUAUGGCAGUAUCAAGAAGGAACGUGGCCAGGGUUUAUCUUAAUGAUAGACAUGGACCAAAGCACGCUGGGUCACGUCGCUAAGUUAGACCUCAUGAGUCUAAAGCAGGUUCUAUAUUUUUUACAAGAGGCAAUGUUGAUCCGAUUGAAGGGGGUGCAUUUCUUAAACGCACCGUAUUUUAUGGACAAGGUGAUGAUGUUGAUAAAACCUUUCAUAAAGAAGGCUUUGAUGGACAUCAUACAUAUACACCAGCCGAAGUCUGAGGAGCUCUACGAUUUUGUACCGAAGAAAGCAUUUCCGAAAGAAGAAGGCGGUGAACAUAAAGAUCACAACACUAUGCGAGACGAAACAAUCGAUUUAUUAAAAACAAAUACACAGUUCUUCAAAGAGGAGAGUCUCCGCAGAGUGAACGAAGCACUCCGAGCCGGAGGUAAGAAGACUGUUGAAGAUCUGUUCGGAAUACAAGGCAGCUUUAAGAAAUUAGACAUAGAUUAAAUAAACCAAAUAGAGUAUAGAGAUGUUGAAAAAUGUAUGAGGGUCUUAUAUAAAUGUAAAUAAAAUGGUUUAUU